UCAGCAGUAAAGUCAGGAUCUUGGACAAUGGAAAUGGGAAAGGCUGACAGCCCGUUGGCCACUUCAAGAUCUUGAAGACAAGUCAGAGAUUUGCCUCCCAAUCUCUAUUACCACUUUUAGAGAAGCAUGAUCUUGUCCUAAGCCUCAAACAUGGAGCCUUUACAAGACCAAGAGCUUGAAGAUAGGCCUCUCAUCAAUGUCUCCAAACAAACUCCAACUUCAAACCAAAGCCAGAACCAACAUCAGUUACCAGAACCAGAAACCCGCACAAAACCCAGUCCUUUCUCAGUUUUUCUUGAGCCCUUUCAAUGGCUACAAAUGCUUUCUUCCCAACUAAGCCCAUCUUUCAUCUUUGGUAUAGUCCUUGUUUAUGGUCUCAGUCAAGGCUUUUCUGGGUCUUUCUUCAGAGUGGUAACAGACUAUUACUGGAAAGAUGUUCAAAAAGUCCAGCCUUCAGUGGUGCAAAUCUACAUAGGCUUAUAUUACAUACCAUGGAUUAUGAAACCAGUUUGGGGUCUCUUCACUGAUGUUUUUCCCAUUAAAGGGUAUCACAGAAGGCCUUACUUUAUUGCAGCUGGUGUUCUUGGAGGUGGCUCUGCAUUGAUGGUUGGCCUUCUUGGUAAGUUGCCAAAUGCAGUGGCCUUGAGUUGUCUGAUUGGGAUGACAGCUGGUGUAGCAAUAGCAGAUGUCACUAUUGAUGCUUGUAUUGCAAGAAAUAGUAUUGAAAUGAGGUCUCUGGCACCUGAUAUGCAAAGCCUUUGUGGGUUUUGUUCCUCUGCAGGAGCUUUGCUUGGCUACUCUACUAGUGGUUUCCUUGUUCAUCAUCUUGGACCUCAGGUAGCAUUAGGCCUCUUGGCAAUCCCAGCAGCUCUGGUGGCUGUUCUUGGUUUUGUGAUUUAUGAACCGAGAUCUACAAGUCUCCAAUCGAAGAAGAAAAAGGCUUUGGAAAACUUAGAAAUGGCAAUGAAGGGCAUGUACAAGUCCAUCAAGUGCCCUCAAGUCUGGAAGCCAUCACUAUACAUGUAUUUGUCUUUCGCUCUUAGUAUAAGUACUCAUGAAGGGCAAUUUUAUUGGUACACAGAUCCUAAAGCCGGUCCUGCGUUUUCUCAGGAGUUUGUUGGGAUAAUUUAUGCAAUGGCUGCAGUAGCUUCUAUGGUAGGUGUUUUAAUCUAUCACAAAACUCUGAAAGACUAUCCAUUCAGGAACCUCCUCUUUUUUGCUCAGAUCCUCUAUGGCAUGUCUGGAAUGCUUGAUCUCAUAUUCGUCCUGCGAUGGAAUUUAAUCCUUGGCAUUCCAGAUUACUUCUUUGUUAUCAUAGAACAAUGUGUCUCUCAUAUCAUCAGCAAAAUUAGAUGGAUUCCCAUGAUUGUAUUAAGUACAAGGCUUUGCCCUAAAGGCAUCGAAGGAACUUUCUUUGCGCUUUUAAUGUGCAUCGAUAGCCUUGGUUUGCUCUCCUCCAAAUGGGGUGGAGGCAUUGUUCUUGAUCUGUUGAAUGUCACAAGGAAUGAUUUCACAAACUUAUGGCUGGUUAUUCUGAUAAGAAACAUUUUGAGACUUGCAACUCUAGGGCUGAUUUUUCUUGUUCCUAAGGGGGAUCAAUCCGAUGAACUGAUUCCGACUGAUCUGUUAACAAAGAAUUUGGAUAUAACUCCUAAGGACGAAGGCUUGCAGCUGGUUUCAGUCAAUGUGAAAAAUGCAGUUGCUUGAGAGUCAAUUCAGAAGGUGAGCAUUAUUCAGAGUGAACAAUUCUUGUGAGGCAGAAGAGAACUCGUUGAAAGCCACAGCUCAAACUCAACUGAAUACUUCUAACAUAAAGAAGCACCAAUUCUUUCUUCUUCUGUUAACUUAAUUUCAACUUUCUCUUCCAAAUUAACACUGUAAAGUUUCUUCAUAGUUCAUACAAUCGACUUGUGCUCCAUGAUUGUUUUCUUUCAUAAAUAUGAAAAUAAAAAAGAACAAAAAAACGACAUUAUGUCUUCU